AUGUUUCACCCCAGAAAAGUCAAUCGCGUGCAACGUGCUCAGAGCCUGAAGCAACGACGGGGAGCGAACUCAUCUAGCGCUGAUGAGGGCUCUGGUGGGUUGGAUUUGGAAGUUGGCCCAUUUUGCACGCUCCUAUGUGCCCUUCUCAUCGUAGCAUUGGGAGCUGCCAUGGCGAUUGCCUUUUUCGCAGUUCAAAAACCAGAUUGUAUGAAGAAUUUUGGAUUGGAUCGGGCAUCGCUAUUGCGAGGAGCCUUCUCAUCAUCAUCAUCCAAAAGCGAAUAA